AGCCACGCCCCCUUCUAGAACUGACACAUGUAGAGAGCGAAUUUACUUUAUUUUCCGGUUGUUUUUCCACCGUUUCAGACUUUUCAGAAUCGAUAGAGCUUGAGAAAGAAGUAGAAGUCGCGACGACAAAAUGAACGUCGGCGGUGGAGUGGGGGCUGAAGGCCUAAUGGCUGGCGCUGGACUCCUUUCACGACCUGCAGAUGAAUUCGGCAACGACCCCUCUAUCGAAACUAUGUGGGCGAUCAAAGCCUUUGAACACGCCGAGGUUUACUUCAACCUGCUCUGCUCGGUGGAUACAAAACAUCUGCGCCUAACUCCUUUUGACGAUGAAAUCUACAAAAUGUUCCGCGAAGAAUUUCCAGAUCUGAAGGUGAAUCACUUGACUGAAGACGUGCUGAAAAAUAAUAAUGCCAAGGAGAUUUGGAGGAAUUUCUGUGCAAAAUUCCAGUGGUUUGAGGACUUCAGCUACGGAACUCUGCUGAGGUUGGACUGUUCGGACGACUACUCGGAGGAAAACAGCAUUCUCGUAACACGGAUACAGUUUUUGGCCAUCGAACUCGCGCGGAACCGAGAAGGAAACAACACUUGCAUCAGAUCCAAAUUCAAGCCGCACCAACACAAACCAGAAAAAUAAAGUUGACACAAAAUUAUUUUAUAUUUCACCCGAUUUCACCACUUAUAUAAUUUUCUAAUGAUUUUCAUUCAAUCAAUAAACUUAGAAUUUAAAUCAGUUCAAGUUUAUUUCCUUGG